GCGGGCAGGCGGUGGGCAGCAAGCUGCUGCGGACAGAGGCUGGGCACAGCCGACUUCCUCUCCAGUGUGUGCAGAGUCCAGCGCCAGGUCAUUGAACACUGCCGGGUCUCAUCUUCUUGUAUGAAACAAAUGGAGAAACAGGGUCUACCUCGUGGUGGCUAUAGGACUCCGUCAGCUCUGUGAGCUCCUGGUACACAGGCACGUGUUUGCCUUUCCCCUGCUUGGCUCUGAUUUGCCAGAGGUUUUGGUAGUGUGCUUAUCUGCCAGUCUGCCUACCAGUCUCUCCUGUCACGCCCCCAGCUAGAAGCCAGCACCUCUACUCAGACUGCUACAGUUGGGAUGUCUGGCUCCUGCCUGGAAUAGAGGCCUAAGGACCGCAGAUGAUCAGAUAGUCCGCUCUGAAGGGGCCAUCAUAGCAGAAUUCAGGAGGGUAAGGAAAAGGUAUUGGACUGCAUCAUUACCCAGCCCAGAAAGGACUUGCCUUACCCCUCAGCUGGAUCUCACUCCAGCCCUGUGCGUCAGCAGAAGAAGGUGAACCUUCGGAGAACCCAAGGAGGCCUUGAGAGGACCUGGGAGCAAUAGUCACACAGGUCACUCAACCUGAGCCAGGUGGCGGCUGCUUUGUACUGCCAAGGAGAGGGCUAUAAUGCUGGGCACUCACUUCCCACCCCCGCCCCUUGGACCCAGUGAGGGAAGGGCCGCCCCUUGCACCUUCCAGAUCCCUGAUGGGAGCUACAGGUGCCUGGCUCUGGAAGCUGAGGAGAGCAGUAGUGAAGAUGGCCUGCAGGGAGAGGUGAGGCUGGUGGACCUGGAAGAAGAGGGGACCAGCAAAAGCAGAGCCAACCGUGGGACACCACCGCUAUCCAGAGCCCCAGCCAUAAUCCAGCCAUCCAGCUGUUGCAGGGAGGCACGAGGUGGUUUCCAGCACAAUGACAGGCCAAGCCAUGACUGGGAUGUGGUACAGGCCCGGAAAGUGAUGACAGCCAGUGCCAGCAGCAGCCCUGUGCCCAGGGUGGCCCAGAAACCAGCAUUGGGCCGGAGCACUAGCUUCACUGAAAAGGAUCUGAAGGAGGCCAAGGCGCGGAGCCAGCAGAUUGCAGCCCAGCUGACUACCCCUCCCAGCUCCAACUCCCGAGGGGUCCAGCUCUUCAACAGGCGCAAGCAGAGGGUGAAUGAGUUUACCUUGGAGAGCCGAGGCCAGAGGUCACCAAAGCUCAACCAAGAGGCCCUCCAAACAGGGCGUCCUUCGAGCCCCAUAGGCCAUGCCCCAGGGCUUAGUGUGAAUCCCACAUCUCCAUCAAAGCCAGGCUCUCCAAAGCACCCCAGCCCCCUAAGCCCCAGCAGAGGGGUCUCUGGCCACAUCAUGGAGGGGUACUCAGAGGAAGCCAGUCUGCUGCGCCACCUGGAGAAGGUUGCCAGUGAGGAGGAGGAAGUUCCGUUGGUAGUUUAUUUAAAGGAAAAUGCAGCCCUGCUGACAGCUAACGGGCUACACCUGUCCCAGAGCCGAGAGACCCAGCAGUCUUCACCAAAUCCUCCCGACAAUGAAGUACCCAGUCCAGCUGCAGAUAUCAACCAGAACCCCUCCUCACCCAAUGCCACGCCCACCACAGCAGCCUCUAACAGCCACCACAAACAGCCCACCGCUGAUGUCAAUCAAAACCCCCCAGCCACCAUCACCCCCGACCAACAGAAUUCAUCUGAGGCACAGUGUUCCCGGAAUGGCACACUUGAUUCCAAACCCAGCACUCCGUGUGCUGAUGAUGGGCAGCCCCUGGUGCCAGUAGAGGAGGUGAGAUCCAGCACUCUCCUGAUUGACAAGGUGUCAGCUCCAUCAUCUGCCACCAGCACCUUCUCUAGAGAAGCCACUCCCCUCUCCAGCUCUGGGCCACCAGCAGCAGAUCUCAUGUCCAGUUCCUUGCUCAUUGACAUGCAGCCUAGCACCCUAGUGGCAUCGGCAGAACAAGAGGUGUCUGGACAUGCAGCUGUCACCACGCCCACUAAGCUGUAUAGUGAAGUACAUCUCACGCUAGCUAAGCCUGCAUCCGUGGUCAACAGGACCGCCAGGCCUUUUGGGAUCCAGUCGCCAGGGACUACCACCCAGAUAGAGCAAAGCCCCAUGAUGGGAAGACGACAUUUUGGAGAGAAGACCUGGGCUCCCCCGGCUAGCAGUAUGGCGGAUAGGAGUCCCCAGCCACAGAGGCACAUAAUGGCCCGCAGUCCCAUGGUGGAAAGGAGGCUGGUUGGGCAGCGAAGCCCAGUCGUAGAGAGACGCCCCUUGGGAAACUUUACCCCACCCCCCACCUAUGCAGAGACUUUGUCAACAGCCCCUGUGGCUUCUCGGGUUAGGUCUCCCCCCUCUUACUCCACUCUGUAUCCCAGCUCUGACCCCAAGCCUCCCCAUUUGAAGGGCCAGGUAGUCCCUGUCAACAAGACAGGGAUUUUGGAAGAAUCUAUGGCACGCCGAGGCAGCCGGAAAUCAAUGUUCACUUUCGUGGAGAAGCCCAAGGUGACCCCGAACCCAGACUUGCUGGACCUAGUGCAGACAGCUGAUGAGAAGCGGAGGCAGAGAGACCACGGGGAGGUGGGCAUGGAAGAAGAGCCCUUUGCCCUGGGAGCUGAGGCCUCCAACUUCCAGCAGGAGCCAAUAGCUCGGGACAGAGCCAGCCCUGCAGCAGCUGAGGACGCUGUCCCCGAGUGGGCCUCCUGCCUCAAGUCACCCCGUAUCCAGGCCAAGCCGAAGCCCAAACCCAACCAGAACCUCUCUGAGGCCUCAGGGAAGGGGGCUGAACUCUAUGCCCGCCGCCAGUCACGGAUGGAGAAAUAUGUCAUAGAGUCUUCAGGCCAUGCUGAAUUGGCCCGCUGCCCUUCACCUACUAUGUCCCUGCCUUCAUCCUGGAAGUACACCACUAAUGCCCCUGGAGGCUUCCGAGUGGCAUCCUUAAGCCCUGCGCGGACUCCGCCGGCCUCUCUCUACCACGGCUAUCUACCAGAGAAUGGAGUCCUGCGCCCUGAGCCUACCAAGCAGCAGCCAUACCAGAUGAGGCCUUCACUCUAUGCUCUGUCGCCCGUCAAGGAGCCUGCCAAGGCCUCAUCACGCGCCACCUCAUCACGCACUCCGUCACGCACUGUCUCACCUCGUGCUGCCUCCCCGGCCAAGCCCAGCUCCCUAGACCUGGUGCCCAAUCUGCCCAGAGCAGGCCUCCCACCAUCUCCUGCUCUGCAUCGGCCUUCCCGCUCCUCCCCAGGCCUCUACACUGCCCCAGUCCAGGACAGCCUCCAGCCCACUGCCGUGAGCCCCACUUACAGCAGUGAUAUCUCCCCCGUGUCUCCCUCCAGGGCGUGGUCUCCUCGAGCCAAGCAGGCCCCUAGGCCUUCCUUCUCCACCCGGAAUGCUGGGAUCGAGGCCCAGGAUCGCCCGGAGAGCCUGCCCACCUCCCCGCCCUGGACGCCGGGCGCUUCCCGGCCCCCUAGCAGCCUGGACGGCUGGGUGAGCCCGGGGCCGUGGGAGCCGGGCCGCGGGAGCAGCAUGAGCAGCCCUCCGCCGCUGCCUCCGCCUCCACCAAUGUCCCCCUCGUGGAGCGAGCGCUCCGUCUCCCCGCUGCGAUCGGAGACCGAUGCACGGCCCCCGAGCCGGCAGCUGCAGGCGCUUUUGGCGCGCAACAUCAUCAACGCAGCCCGGCGCAAGAGCGCCUCCCCGCGGCCGGCGCCCGCCGAGUCCCUGCGACCCUUUUCCCCUCCGCAGGGGCCGCCGCCGCCACCGGCGCGCAUGCGCUCUCCGCAGCCAGCCCGCGCGGCUGGCAGCUACCGCGGAGCUACUUUUGCCCCCAUCCCGCGGAGCCCGUUGCCCGUCGGGUCUUCGUCCUGCGCUAGUCCCCGAAGUCCUCAGGCCGCGCCGUCCAGGCCUUUUCCCUACCGCCGCUCACCCACAGACUCCGACGUGUCUCUCGACUCUGAGGACUCUGGGCUUAAGUCGCCUGGCAUCCUCGGCUACAACAUCUGUCCUCGGGGUUGGAAUGGCAGCCUGAGGCUCAAGCGUGGUAGUCUCCCCACCGAGGCCUCCUGCACCACCUAAAGUUCCAUCCCCACCCCGGGAGGGUCGAGCCAGAAGAGGCACUAAGCUUGGGGAACCCCAGCACCAAGAUCCGAAGGGUCUGACCUCAUUGGACAGCUCUAGAGAAAAAUGGGGUCAGGGAAGGAGAGCUCCGGGCUUGGGGGGCUGUCAGUCAAACUUGGGUUGUAGCCCUUGGCUUUGCCAUUUAUCUGUAUGGCUCAGAGGAAGAGCCUCUUGUCUUUGAUCCUUAGCUUUGGCCAAUGCAGUCUCCAGACAUCGUCCCUUUCCUUCCGUACACGCGUGCCUUGCGGGAGGCAGCUAAGCACACAGCCAUUGCCCUUCAGCAUGCCAGGCUUCCACGCUCCUUCCUCCAACACUGUUCUCCACAGCCUGGCAAAUGAAGUGUGUGUUGAAAAGAACCUAGGCCGUGACCCAUGCCCAGGCCCUGGCUUGACCGUUGGCUCCUGGCACCAAGUCCCAGGCGGGAGCAGCUGUUUUCCAUCUCUUCUCAGACUAGUUCUAUUUUUAUCUGGUGACCUUUAAAGAGAUCUCCCAGGCAAGCUCAAGGUGCCCUGCUGGGCCCCUCUAGGGAGAAGGGGCUGGAAGAUUCUCCCCAGGCUCUGCCAUGCUGCUUUCUCUACCCCACCCAGCUCAGGAUGUCUAGAAUAUCCCUAUGGCCAGGGAAGAGCAGAGUGUAAAGUUCCCUGGGACUAUGGAUCUCAGGAGUCCCAGACCCUUGUUUUUCUGGACUCAUUGAUGGCUAGUUUUAGGUUUCUCAAAACUGGGGAAAGACGAGAUGGCAGUCUAAUAUGGUUACCCUAGUCUAGGGUGUAUUACCUAUUUGGAAAGGGGUCCUUGUUGCAGAAUACGCAAGCCCACGGCCGGGAUGCAUAGAGGAGACUCCGGUAUUGGAUGGAGCUGACUUCUGACCUCUGAGGAUUCUUGAAAUUCACUCCAUAGCAUUAGAAAGCAAGGGAGGAUGAAGGGGGAGGUUCAUGGGGCUUGAAUUCCGAGACAAAUAAACCUGGGUGGGAAGUCAAGGGGCUGUGCCAAUCUGGGCCUGUCAUAGUGUCUAUGCUAUGCCCAGAAGAAUGGGCAUGUUAUAUUCAUUUUUCUCACAUCUCACUGAAGCCUGGCUUAUGCCUAUACCUGGUGGCCUUGAGGUGCCUAUCCCCUUAACCUCAGUGACUCUGAUUCCAGUCCCCAAGAGUGACUCGGGGAAGAAUAACUGAGUUUUUUGGUUUGCAUAGUCCACAGAUAGUCCCUUGAGGUUCAGUACAUCAGCUUCAGAAUUCAGAGCCUGGGGAUGGGAGUGCUGGAGUUAGAUGAGGCACAAAUAAAUGUAGGUGGGAAAAAAUACUAGGAUGUUGUUAAAGGUAAGGGAUGGUGCUAUUUGGGGGUAAUUAGAUUUACCCACAUAUCAGGGUGAUCUAGAGCUCCUGAGUAAGGCUAGGGGAAGCUAGGUCAGGAUGGAAUAAAGUCAGGGUUGGGAUGGAGUACAUUGGAAUAGAGGGGUGAUCUUAGUAGGUCCCUAUUGCCUGUGGGUUGGGAACCAGGCCCUGGGAAAAUGAGAGAGUACUCAGCUCCCGCCUGGUGCAGCAUCCCUUGUAGCUAAGGAGUCCCAGGCUAGGGAUGCCUUCCAGAGAAGAGACCCUGUUAGAUGUCUAGCUGAUGCUGUGGCAUACAUAGAUCAGCUUCUACCUGCAUUUCCUCAGAGAACCAGCAGGAGGCAGCUUUGAGAAACUACAGCUGUUUCUGCAGUCGUCAUAGUGACUGCCUUCUCACUUAAAUGGUCUUCUCUAAAACCCAUGACAGCUCGCCUGUAUUCUGCCUUGUGCCUCUUGUAGAAUUCAAAGCAAUAAAUGCAUUCGGCAUUCUUCUGC